UCGGGCGGCAGCCUAUAAUAAUUGCGGUCGACAUCACGUGGUGUGUGCAACGUUGUGAGUCGCACGUAUAAAAACCGGUUUUCUCAGUAUCUAUAAAUAUAAUACCCUAGUCCCUACUAACAGCAUGGACAAUCGUACAAGCCAUGUUGUGUGACUUGUGCUUCGAUUUACCGUAAAAAACGUUAAGAGUGCAGCAGACAGUAACACUUCUACGGAAGAAAACGUAGUAUGAAUUCGGUGCAAGAAAUUUUAAAAUUAAAAUUUUCAUCUCUCACGUUGGAGCAAAAGGUAGAGAUUAAAAAUUUGGGUAGACCUCUGCCAAAUUUAUCCAAUUUACUUAAUAUUUCAAAAAAAGGAAAAACUUCGUAUAACCGUCAUUUUAAUACCGAGCUUUAUCAAAAACACAAAUGGCUCUGUGGGUGUGAAACUACCGUGUCGUUAUUUUGUUUCCCUUGUGUAUGUUUUGGAGGUGAUAAGUCCUGGAGUAAGACUGGUGUAAAAGAUUUAAUACAUCUUUUAGCCAAAAUAAACAAACAUGAAAACUCGUUUAAACAUCUACAGAAUGAGGCAGAUUUCAAAAUGUUGGGAACUAUUGACACGAGUAAAAUUGAUAGUGGUUAUAAAUUAGAAAUUAAACGUCAUAAUGAGCAAGUUGCCAAAAAUCGAGACAUUUUAGAAAAAAUUUUAAAUUGUGUAAAAUUCUGUGGGAAUCAUGAAUUACCUUUACGUGGACACGACGAAAAAAUUUCAUCAAAAAAUCAAGGCGUUUUUCAUGGUUUGAUAAACCUAUGUUCAGAUUUAGACCCACGUUUACGAGAACAUUUUCAGAAGUCUAUUGUUUGUACUUCUAAAACCAUAAAAAAUGAAUUACUGGAUUGUAUUUUAAAUGUUACAAGAAAUCAUAUUUUAAAUGAAAUAAAUAAUUCGGAGUUUGUAUCCAUAAUUGUAGACGAAACUACCGAUAUCUUUAACAAAUUCCAAUCGGCAUUAAUAUUUCGUUAUGAAAUUAAUGGUAAGCCUGUAGAACGUUUUUGGGGAUUUUGUUAUCCUCACGGUCACGAUGCAGAUUCAUUAACCCAAACUAUUUUAAAAGAAAUUGAUCCUAUACUAGAAAAAUAUCCCCAAAAACUAAUUGCACAAGCGUACGACGGAGCUGCAGUCAUGAGUGGUCAGAAAUCUGGGGUUAACGUGAGAGUUCAAGAAAAAUAUCCAUACGCUUAUUUCAGUCAUUGCUAUGCUCAUCAACUCAAGUUAAUAAUGGCUCAAGCAACUUCACAAAAUAAACAAGUAAAAUUAUUUUUUUCUAAUUUGUCUCAAAUACCAACAUUUUUUUCGAAUUCUCCACAAAGAGUAGCUAUACUAGAUGAAAUAGUAAGCACUCGUUUACCUAAAACUGUUCAAAAACGUUGGAAUUUUAAUAUACAAACAGUAAAUAAGGUUUAUGAACAUAGAGAAACACUAAUUAAAUGUAUGGAGAAAAUUAUAGACGUAUCCUCACAAUCUGCCACUAUUAAUCAAGCUACAGGACUUCUAUUACUUUUAAAGGAUUCCACUUUUAUUUUUUGGCUUGACUGUUUCCACAAAAUUAUGCCUCAUGUUGAUUGUCUUUAUAAAGCUGUACAAUCACAAAAUAUUGAUCCAGUACAAAUACAAAACUCAGUAAUAACUUUUAAAAUAGAAAUUCAAAAAAUUCACGAUGAUAUCACAAGUUCUGUAGAAGAGCUGACUUUUGAAAAUUCUUCUAAAAGACAACGAACAGAUGAUACUGUUAAAUGUAAAAAAUCAGCAGCGUUACAAGUGUGUGACUUAAUAUCCAUUGAAGCUCAGAGACGUUUUGAUUUUACUAAACAUUUAACAGCAGCUCAACUUUUCCAAAAUGAAAAAUAUGUGAAAUAUAAUAACAACUUUCCAUUCGCCACUCUGAAUACUACUGUUGAAUGCUAUCCAUUUUUUGUUCAAGAACGUUUAAUCAACGAGUUAAAAGUAUUUUACUCACGUGAUGAUUUUCUAAAUAUAAAAGGUGUCAUUCCUAUAAUAAAUUAUAUUACAAAUGCUAAUAUGGAAGACACAUUUAAAGAAGUUUUUAAAUUGCUCAAAAUUUUAGUAGUAACACCGAUGACAUCCUCAGAGGCUGAGAGAAGUUUUUCAACACUUAAGAGGAUUAAGACUUGCUUAAAGAGCAACAUGGGCGAAGACAGACUUGAUGCGUUAACUAUGUUAAGUGUAGAGAGCCAUCUGAUUAAUGAAGAUAUUGUUGAUUUUAACAAGAAGGUAAUUGACGACUUUUGUAUCAUUAAGGAAAGAAGUCUUGAUUUCCAGUAUAAAAAUUGUACAUAAAUGCUACAAAUAGAAGAAAAUGUUUGUUGUUACUAUUGUUUUGUAAAUAUUUCAUAUUUUGUUUUUAUUUCAUUUUUAUAUUUAUUUUCCUGAAGUAUACAGAUUAUUUGCCAUUUUGAGUUAUGGUGUCCUAAUAUUUUAUUGCACUCCUGUGUCAAAUCACCACGAGUUGCCACUGGUUUUAACUGUUAAAAUUAACUAAUCCGUUUUUUUUUAUUAUUAACUCAAUUUUAACAUUUUCAAAUAAGACAUAACUUUGCCCAGUCUUGUAACUACUAAUUACCAAAUAAACAGUUUAAUAAUCAUCAAUAAAUACCUGGCAAGAAUUAGGUUCAUAUUAGGAUUGGCAGUGCCUGGACCCGUAGGACU